AGUUAACGAGAAAACGCGACCAUAGGCAGAACAUGUAUUUUUCCGCAAAUUUAAAAUUUUUCUUUUCUAGUUUUUCAUAAGUAGUAUUUUUUCUUUUUGACCAUUUGCAUAUAAAAAUUUGACAAAAAUUUCUUCCUUCUUUGGUCUCGGUGUGAGUGUUUUCGAAAAGAUUUUUUUCUUUACCGUAAGAAAACGAAUUUCGACAAAUAGAAAAGUAGUUUUUAACUUCUAAUACCGUUAAAUACUGGAGUGUUUUGGUUUCUUUUAUUAUUUGUUCUUCUGAAGUUUGUACUGUCGCUGGCAUUUCUCGAAAUCAAAGAUUUUGGUCGAAAAUCGAUGUUUACAUCAUCGAAAAAGUGCCUCUGUUUGGCGAUUCUUGUAGUUCUGCUCGUUUGUCCACUUUUGUCGCAUGGAUUUGGUGCAAAAACCGACGAUGACGAUGACACAGAUCCUAGGGAGGCGGUUAGAGCUGUUCGUGCGAAGGCUCCACGAAAAUUCGAAUUCCGGAAAUUGGUGCGUGUAGCUCUGCCUGAAGAAGAGGACGAGGAGGAGGAAGAAGAAAAUGGUGGUGGAGGAAGUGAUGACGAGGAGGAAGAUGACGAUUCGGAUGAUGAGUUUAAAUUCGAAAGAGCUCGUAAGCUAGAUGGAACCAAAGUAAAACCCACUUCUCAGAGAGCAAGUGUAGACGAAUAUGGAGAGGACUAUGUGAAAGAGAAGAAAACAAGUAGCAAGGAUUCGGAAAAGGGAUUCUUCUCUUCCCUGUUUGGUGGACUAUUCGGAGGAUGGUGGAAUGAUGCACCUGCUAAGGCUCCACCUCCACCUCCGCCACCGGCAGAUAAAUCAAAUGGUAUAAUCGAUUGGAUUCAAUCGUUUAGUAGAAUGUUCAAAAAACCCGCCCCUGAACCAAAACCUGCUGAUACUGGUAUCGAUUGGAUGUCGUAUUUGAAUCGCUGGCCAUUCAACUCACUCUUCCCCAUUGGAAAACCCGAGAAGAAGAUCUCGUUGCCUAGGAGUGAAGAUUCUUCGCAUCGUUAUGCUUCUGGAGCAGAGCCAAUGAGUCAGGAUCACUUCGAAUCGUUGCUGCACACUGUGCCAGGAUUUGUUGUCAACGCGUCACAUGUUAGUGAUAUUGAAUGCAAGCAGCAGAUGCAGAUUUUUCAUCGCCAAUUACGCGGCAAUAAGUUUUGGACACUACAAAUGCUUGAUUCAACGGGAAAAAUCACAUCGGGACUUUUACGAGGAAAUAUCAACCAACUUGGUGAUUUCGAAAUGUGCACCCAUGCCAAAACUUUGGUCAAGGUCACUUCUGAUAUAUCACUGCGGAUUCGAGGAAAAUAUUGCUUAGCCCACAUUGAAACCCAAGGGAAAGUCGACGAGCUCAAGGUUCCAUUGCAUUUGGCUCAUGGUAGAGGUCUCUGGAGGAGUCAUUUAGGAAACCCAAGUCAUUUUAUUCCACGAUAUGCUAUCGCUAAUUGGGGUGUGUGUAUUCCUAAUGCCUGCUCGGCAAGUGUUGUCCAAGACAUGAUAGAAACAAAUCUAAAGCCGUACAAUAAUACUGGCGUUGAAUUUCGUGUGGAAGUUUCGGAAAACGAUUGUUUUGUGAAGACCAGCAAACGUAUAACCAAACUAUUCAAGAAGGACGAUAAGUUUGCCUUUGCUGUGUGCUACUUGGCUGCAUUUUGGUUGAUAUCUGCUGCCGCUUAUAUUUCCGAAAAUUGGCUAAAAGUCUCAACAUAUCUAAGUGGCCUUUUCAAAUCAUCAACAGACGAAACAGCAGAAGAAACCAAACCAGAUGAAACAGAACCUACAUCAGUGCUUGAACCAGAAUCCGAAACACCUGCCGAACCCGUCACCGAUGUCGAACAAGAAGCUGAACAAGACGAAACGUCCAAUCCUGCGAUUGCAAAGGAAAUAUUUCAUUCCUUCUCCCCCAAACGAUCACUGUGUGAGCUUUUGUCAGAAGAACGACUUGACAUGCAAUUUCCAAUAUUCCAUCUCUUGAAAAUCCUUUCGACUUUUAUGCUCUAUGUCUGCCUUAAAUACAUGAUGAUUGGUCAUUUGCCAAUAACAAAUCGAGAUAAAUUGGUUCGAACAGUCGAUCAGCCUUUUAGCGUGGUAUUCCGAUCACCAAUGAUCUAUACCGAUAUACUUUUGAUCAUAAGUGGAUUUCUGUCAGGCUAUCAACUCUCCGAAGAAAUGGAAUGCAAAACCUACAUUGGAGUUAUCAAGAGAGUGCUAGCGAAGGUUUUAAGAUAUUUACCGACGAUCUAUGCUGUUCUGUUCUUUCAAACCUGGAUACUUCCACAUCUAGGUUCUGGUCCUUUAUGGAAUAAACUUAUUGGACAGAAUGCAAGACUAUGUGAACACAAUAUGUGGAGGGUAUUGUUUGGCACUCAAAAUGCAAUCGAUUUUGAAGAGACUUGUUCUCCAAUCACAAUUCAAUUGGCAUUGGAGUUGCAACUUUAUAUGCUUGGACCUUUGAUAGUCUGGCUAUAUUAUACCGACGCUGAUGCGGGAUUCUUUGCCUAUGGAGCCUUCCAAGCAAUGUCAGUUGCUGCAAGAUUUUCCAGAACCAAUUUGGAACACCUAUCGGCAAUCAUGUUCCAUGGAAUGAAUGUCAGUAAAUUCUAUCGAACUGCCAAUAUCCUUUACUCAUCACCCAUUGCUCGUGCCACUCCGUAUCUACUCGGAAUCGGAGGUGGAAUUUUACAUCGUUUUACCGAAGGGAACCUUGAAAUUCCACCCGGCCUAACGAACAUUGGAUGGCUGACUGCAGUUUUCAGCAUUGGAUGGUGUUUUUGGUAUCCUUCAUCUGGGAUGCGUUCAGACUUUAUUUAUAAUUCCUCUGAAGCUGCAUCUUAUGCUUCGUGGUCACCAUUGAUUCUGGGAUUGGCGAUUAUAUGGAUAGUUUUCAUGACACCCAAAGAGGGAUUCGUAAUUUCAACUUUUCUAACAUCCAAACCGGUGCUGUUCCUGAGUCGAAUCUCAUUCCCUAUGCAAUUGGUUAGCUAUACUGUAGUACUUUAUACCGUUGCCGGAGUCAAAGAUUCCAACAAAUACCACAUCAGUGAUUUGGUUAAUGUCGCAGAAUUGGCUACUAUUGUUUUGUGUUCAACUUUUCUUGCGUUCCUAAUUGACGUACCUUUUCAAAAUGUACGAUUGAUCAUUAUAAAAAAAUUAUUCACCGAAAAACCGCUGCAUGAAUCAGAUUCUCACGAUGAAGUUGAAUUAGAUCAAUCAGAGGAGAUAUCCGAGGCAGUAGUUGAUAUGAGCUCCGAUGGUCCAAAACCAGAAGGAAAUGAAACCCCUGAACCACCAGAUGAAGAUGAUCAUUGGAAUACUGUUGAUUCAGAUGAGAAGGAGCACGAAUAUGUUGUUAGAUUCAAUUCACAUUUGGUCAAUGGAUCUGGAGCAGUUGUCGAAACAAGCAUAAUAAACUCCUCACCCGAACCUGAACCCGAAAUAGAAGAAAAAUCCGAACCAGAAGAAGAAAUCGAAAUUGAAGAAGAAGAAGACGAAGACGAAGAAGAAAUCGCCGAAGAAGAUGAAAUAAUUCGUAGACCCAAUUCACCAGAUACCGAAUCAAACCCAUCACCAACACCUUCUCCAACUCAAUCACCACAACCACCAAUUGAAACAAAAAUUGAAACACCUUCCCCUACCGAUGAGGGCUUUCGAAGACGACGACGUCCAACGACAAAAGAUGAUGAAUAAUUUUUUUCGCUAAUCAAUUAAAAAUUAAAAAAAAGACAUUAAAACCAAUUCACUUUUAACACUUUUAAUAUAAAAAUAUUAAUUCUAUUAUUGUAUUUACAAAAGUUUAAAAAAUGAGUAAAAAUAUAAUAAAAUAAAAUAAAAUAAAACAA